AUGUGUACUGUUGUAUCAGUCUGCUUUGAUUGUGGUGCAAAUAAUCCGACGUGGGCUUCGAUAACAUACGGGAUAUUUCUCUGUGUCAAUUGUUCAUCUGCUCAUCGAAAUCUCGUUGUUCUUCCCAGUUUCGUGAGGUCAACAACUACAGACUCAUGGAGUGGUGAGCAGCUCAAGUCGAUGAUGCUUGGUGGCAACAACCGCGCUCAGGGGUUCUUCAAGAAAUAUGAAUAUUGGACCAACGCUGGUAAUAAUAUGAAGGCUAAGUACACUUCACCAGCUGCGUAUUUGUAUAAGCAGAUUCUUGCUAGAGAAGUUGCUGAAGACAUGAGAAAAGAAACUACGACUGGUCCAGCAACUAAUAACAGCGGAAUUGAAGCAUCAGCUGGUUCAUCUAUUGACCGUCAUUCUAAGGACAAUGACGACUUGAAAUCUGAAAUAGAAGGAAGAAGAAGCUCGAAAACGAAGGAGAAGCCCGAAACUUUGGGCUCCGCUAUCAUUGGCGGUCUAAAAGGAAAAGUAAAAGUGAGUUUAAAUGUGAUAAGAUAUUUGACUGUUCCUACUGUUUGCAAUGGACAGAAACUUCGUGGCAAAGAUGCCGAAGCCAUCCCUUGGGCCACCCGAAAGGAAUGGGUCGACAAUAUCCGUGGCCGAGUCUUAGCAGCUAUAUAUCGGGUUGAUGCGCAAGGGAAUCGUAAAGAUCAAGUUGCAAAGCUGCGGAAUGAUACGAGGGACAUGUUGGAAGUCUUAGUAAAUAAGAAGGUUAAAAGGAUCAAGAUUGAUUAA